AUGCCACACGAAGAUCCAAACUAUCGCUCGAACGCCGGUACAGAACCAGCAGCAUCCAGAGGCUCCAAGAAAAGAAGUCAACCUUUGCGAGAAGGAGAGAGUUUUGCCAGACCGGAACAAGGCCGAAAUUUAGGCGGCGAAGAUGCGCUUCCAGAUAUCAAUGCGAAUAAUGAACACGAGUGGCGAGCUCCAAGUUCGUUGCCAAGUGAAAUAGACGAAAGCGAAAGCAUGAAAUCGAUUCCGGACAAAAUUAUUGACGUGGAAAAAGUAAAGAAAGCAAACCAUACAGAUAUGUUUGACGAGAAAUUUCUUAUUGUUCGUCGUGGUUUUUACAUUGACUUUUUGGUCGAUCUAGAUCGAGUCGCUUUUGUGAAAGUUAAGAACGCGAGAGCGAAAGAUGAUAACGACAGGAAAUCCAACAAAGCUGUCACCGAAGUUUGCUUGGAAAAAGACGAUAAAGAUGAAAACGUUGCCGGGUUUAAACUUGACACGGAGGGCAAAAGAGUUAAAAUACCAGCGACUUGCAUUGUGGGUGAAUGGAAAUUAUUCGUGAAUGAAGAGCCGCCAUUUAGGGUUGUGAUUUUGUUCAACCCUUGGUGCGAGGAGGACCCAUGUUAUAUGGAGGAUAAAGAUGGAAUUCAAAAAUACAUAAAAGACGAAAGUGGAAAAAUUUACAGAGGCGAGAAACGAUACAAUUGGUGGACUUACGGGCAAUUUGAAACGGGUAUUUUAGAUGCAGUUUUGGACUUGCUUAAUAAAGCAAAAGGUUUAAGUCCGGCUGCCAAAGCUAGUCCAGUUAAUGUUUCUCGUGCUUUAAGUGCCAUCGUGAACUGCAACGAUGAUGACGGAUUGAUUUACGGAUGUUGGGAUCCGGAACAAUAUGGGGGCGGGAAGAGGCCUUCUCACUGGACAGGAUCUGUUGAAAUAUUCCGGCUAUACUUCAAAAAAAACAGAGCCGUAAGAUAUGGGCAGUGCUGGGUUUUUGCCGGAUGUCUGACGACUGCUUUGAGGUGUCUAGGGAUCCCAUCGCGAAGUGUCACAUGCAAGGGAUCCCUUCAUGACGACAACGGGAACCUGGUAUCCGACAUCAAAUAUGAGUACGAUGAUGGCGAAAGAAAACGCCAAGAGCACGAGAAAAUGUGGAACUUUCAUGUCUGGAAUGAAGCAUGGUUUAAAAGACCAGAUUUAGGAGACAAGUAUGGAGGCUGGCAGGCGGUCGAUGCUACGCCUCAAGAAGACAGCGGCAGCCUGAAACAAUGUGGCCCUGCGUCAGUUAAUGCAAUAAAAGAAGGCAAGUGUUACAUGCCUUACGAUGCUGGAUUCCUGUUCGCCGAAGUGAACGCCGACUGUGCUAUGUGGUGUAAGAAAAAGAUGGAAAUUAAGUACAAAUUGAAAAAAGUGUACAACCAUCCGAAGAAGAUUGGGAAAGCCGUGAUGACAGAUGUGGCCGGCGACGCAAGUGACAACGUAACUGGAAACUACAAGUACAAAGAGGGUUCUGCUGAGGAAAGAAAACAGACUUUCAUGGCCGUUUCUUGUGGUACGCGACCCUCGAUUUACGACGAAGUAAAAAACAAGGAUCAAGUUGAAAUCAAAAGUGAUUUGCCCGAGGAGUUUAGAAUGAGCAAAGACUUAAAAUAUCAAUUUUUUAUCAAAUCUUUAGACGACCAUGACGAAAAUUGCGAGGCGCACUUAAUUGUGACUUGCAAUUUAGUGACUUAUCACGGGAAAAUUUUGAGAGAAAUUAUGCAUGAUAGCCGAAAAAUUAGCAUACCGAGAGAUAGUCCGUACCAGGGUGUAAUAAAACGAGAACAAGUUUUGAAGGACUUGCAAGACAACAACACGCUUGUUUUUACAGUUUUCUGUCACAUUGAGAAGAAAAAUGACAUGACAGCUGAAAAGUUUACAGUAGAAUUAGACGCUAACGAGCCAGAAUUAGAGGUCGUUUCGAAGGGGCCGUAUAAGAAAGGUCAAACGUUGGAUCUGAGAAUUAAAUAUUACAACGAAUUGGAUAUAGAGUUGACAAAAGGCGUUUUCAAAGUAGAUGCACCUUAUAUGAGACGUAAGAAAGAGUUCCCGCUCAGAAACCCAGUGCCGCCGAAAGACUCGUGUUACAUUCGCUUUCAGUACACACCUAGAUCCGAUGGUGAAAUACGAAUAGUGGGUUCGUUUAUAUGCGAAGAAUUGCCAGUAAGAAAUACAGAAAUUGAAAUCGAAGUUGAAGGGGGCGGGGGAAAUGACGAGGGUAGCCGAAACCCGAGCCGAGAACCGAGUCAAGAGCCUAGUCGAAAGCCGAGUCAAGAGCCGAGUCGAAAGCCGAGUCAAGAGCCGAGUCGAAAGCCAAGUCAAGAGCCGAGUCGAAAGCCGAGUUAG